AUGCCUAUAAAGAUUUCGCCCCAUUGGCUAAGUCUACGGAGGCGUUUUGGAUCAGUGAGAAGUCUAAUGAGCAGUAGAUUCAAUAUUUACACAAACAAUUAUGAUGUGUCUUCAAGUGAAUUUUUUAGUGAAGUUUAUUUAAUGAGCAAAAAACUGGUAUACUAUGUAAAUGAUUAUUUCAGACUAAACGAUUGGGAAAGCAGUAGGGAGAAAAAAAUAGGAUGCCUUUUUCCACCAUGUUACUCUCAACUUGUUUUUAAAUUUUGUGUUUUAAUGAACAAUUAUGAUUACAUUUCAAUCCCUACACCUAUAAAAAAGUCAAAGCAAAUAAAACAGAAAUAUUCCUUUUACAUAUCAGAAAAUAACAUUGAUUUAAUUUUAUGCCAUCCUUUUUAUAAGCAUUACAUUGAAGAAAUAUCAUUCAAUUUACAAAUUCCAUUUUUAAUAUGUUAUGACAAACCGGAUAUUUUAUCUCAUGAAGAGUAUUUAGACGAUUUAAAAGAAGGAAGGGAAACUUUUGGUCAUAAAUUUUUAUACCACCCGAAGAAAUAUGAACACUUCAUGAGUGAUAAAAUGGGUGCUUUAAAAGAAAUGAAAGAGAAGCAUUUCAACAAUAUUACUGCGGGAAGAGGCAUAAACGAUUUUUUUGCAAAGGUAAAUAAUACAAAUGAACAUUCAAAUAAGAUGAUGAUAUCAGCCACAAAUGAUAUAUCUCCUGCUUUCCAUUUGCAGUUAUCGAAAGAAAACGAAUGUGACAAAAGUAUAAAAUUUCUAUUAACAGACAUUUUUAAUCAGUCCCAAAAGUUUGCAGAUUUCAUGAGAUUCAGUGAAAAAAAUAACACUGUUUUGAUGUGUAUUCCAGCAAAUAAUAUCCAAUAUUUUGACGCAUUAUUUGGUUUGCUAUACUCAGAUGCAACUAUUAUAUUCCCUGAAAUGAGGAAGAAGAAGAUAUUAAAUUAUAAUAAUUAUAUGGAAUGGUUUAAAACACAUAUGAGAAAUAAAAAUAAUAAUUUCCAAGUUCAUAAUUUGAUCAUUAAAAAGGAUUUUACAGAUAUCGAUUUUGAUUUUAUUGAUGGUCCAGAUUUGUUUGAAGAAUUAUUUCAUUCGGAAAAACCUAUAAAUAUGAUAGUGUGUAACAAUUAUUUAAUUCGUGAUUUUCUUAUAUUUUUUAAAAAUUCUGAUAUUAAUACAGAAACAAAAAGGGAAUUUAUUCAAAACAAAGCUAGCAGUGUAGGAACUAUCAUACUAAAUGGAAAUGAAAUAAUGCCAGGAAUUAAUAUCAAAUAUGUUGAACAAAUAAAAGACAUUUUUGUGAAUGCAAAAAUAUAUCAGCGGUAUGUGGUGCAAGAAGUAGGGACCGUAAGCAUAAUGGAAUUAGGAAAACUAGAAGAAGAUAAUAUCCCAUAUGAAAGAAAAUUAGCCGGUUAUAUAUUGCCAAAUAUUAAUAUAGAAAUCGAUUCUAAAACUAAUGUUCUUAAAAUAAAAUCAGAGAAUUUAUUUAGUGAAUAUUACAAUAACGAUAUAUUAACUACCAAAUCUUUUGACAAGAGCGGCUUUUUUAAAACAAAAUAUAUCGCCUCCUUAACAGAAAAUUCCCUUUUAAAAAUAGAGGGAAUUCACAAUGAAAUUGAAAAUAUUCCCGAUGAGUAUUACUUAUAUUUUAAGCAGCGACGGGACAAGAUGGAAAAGCACCCACCUGGUUAUCUCAAACGAGUUCGAUUACAGGGUCAGAUAUGGGGAAAUUUUCACGCGAAUAAGAGGAAUUGGAAGCGAAAAUUUUGA